CAGCUGUCAAAAUGCAAACCAUUUGUUUCUAAAAAUGUUGUUUUUUACAAAAUCUCGGAAGUGAAGGCAUUUAUUGUGGCGGAAGAUGACUUAAAAUAGUUCAUAGGACCUUUCUAUACAACAUGAGAUACCAAUUAAGCAUCACCAAACCAAAAUACAUCUUAAUUGCAGUUGUUUUACUUAUUACGAUUGUAAGUGUUUUUUACAAUUACUCCCUGUCUUCGAAAUUGGAGGAGCUUAAAAAGAAUUUAGCAACUAGAAAUAAUGAAAACGAGAGACUUGCAGCGGCAAUUGAGAAGGAGCGGCAGGAAGAUACUUAUAAUUUCGAUGAGAACCUUAUUGUGAUUUACAACCGAGUUCCAAAGACUGGAUCCACAUCUUUCGUCAAUCUGGCAUAUGAUUUGUGCAAGAAGAAUCAUUUUCAUGUGCUCCACAUCAAUAUCACGGGAAAUAUGCACGUUCUUUCGUUGCCAAAUCAAAUAGACUUUGUCCGGAACAUAACAGCGUGGAAGCAGAUGAAACCUGCCCUGUACCAUGGCCAUAUGGCUUUCCUGGAUUUUUCGAAAUUUGGAAUGCCAAUUAAACCACUUUACAUAAAUUUGAUUCGAAAACCCCUUGAUCGAUUGGUAUCGUACUACUACUUCCUUCGCUAUGGCGACAACUACAGACCAAACUUGGUGCGUCGGAAAGCUGGUGAUAAAAUAACAUUCGAUGAGUGUGUGGAGCAGCAAAUGGCAGAUUGCGAUCCAAAGCUAAUGUGGCUACAAAUUCCCUUUUUCUGCGGCCAUGCCAGUGAAUGCUGGGAGCCGGGAAAUACAUGGGCACUAGCUCAGGCAAAACGCAAUCUCGUGCAGGAGUACUUCCUUGUGGGGCUCACGGAGCAAAUGGAGGAGUUCAUAUCACUCCUGGAAAGUGCAUUGCCACGCAUUUUUCGGGGUUCUCUCGAUCACUAUGUUACCUCCAAUAGGAGCCAUCUGAGGCAGACGACGUCCAAGAUUGCCCCCAAUCAGGGUACAGUGGACAAAAUACAGGGUAGCGAUGUGUGGAAAAUGGAGAAUGAGUUGUAUGAAUUUGCAGCACAACAAUUUCAUUUUAUGCAGAAAAAAAUGACAUUGCCGGGAAAAAAUAUUCCCCAGAGCUACAUGUAUGAGAAAAUAAGACCUAAGUAAUAAAAUUCCUUUUAAAGAAAAAAAAA